AUGUUCGUGUUUCCAUCGCUGGCUGCGUCUGUGAGGGCGGCUUUCGUGUUCGUGCAGCACGGCGACGGCAUCGAUGUGAGCGUAUCGUUGUGUAGUCGUACAUUUCCAGAACCGAAUCGUGUACUGGACUGCUUCCAGACUGGUGAAGAACCGGAGAUCAAGCUCGAACGCGACUAUUCGCUCGAAGAACUCUAUCAACUGUUAGAUGUUGUACAGAAUGAACUCGACAGUAUGCGAUCGAACCCCGAAGAGGAACAUCAGGUCGCCGGUUCAGCCGUGAGUACUCCCGAACUGAAACGUCGUCGACAAGUCGGAAAAGCUCCAGAGCUUCGAUCUAGCUGCAUUCGCUGUUACACCGUUGCUCACUUCCCGGAUACCGUACUCUCUCAGCUCUUCUUCCCAGAAGCGACGGAUGUGGGGAUCCCACUCUCAGAUGUCGGGAGAUGA